AUGGUUUUUUGUACCAUCAAUGACUUUCCAGCCUACGGAAAUUUAAGUGGAUAUAGUGUCAAAGGACAUCACGCAUGUCCUAUAUGUGAGCAGAAUACUAGUUUCCGCCAACUUAAACAUGGAAAGAAGACUGUGUAUACUAGGCAUCGAAGAUUUCUCAAACAGUAUCAUCCGUAUCGACGAUUGAAGAAGGCAUUCGAUGGAAGUCAAGAACAUGAAACCGCGCCAAAUCCAUUAACUGGCGAUGAAGUAUAUCAGCGGGUCAAGGAUGUCGUAAAUAUGUUCGGCAAGUCCCAAAAAAAACCAUCAUCCACUUCAAACAUGUGGAAAAAGAAGUCUAUUUUCUUUGAUCUUCCGUACUGGUCCGAUCAUCAUGUUAGGCAUUGUAUAGACGUCAUGCAUGUCGAGAAAAAUGUUUGUGAUUCUUUAAUUGGGACCCUCCUAAACAUUGAGGGCAAGACAAAGGAUGGUUUCAAGUGUCGUCAAGACUUGGUUGACAUGGGUAUACGUCAAGUGUUGCAUCCUAUCUCAAAAGGUAACAGGACAUAUCUGCCCCCAGCCUGUUACACAAUGUCAACAGCUGAAAAGAGAAGUUUUUGUGAAUGCUUGCGUAAUAUCAAAGUCCCACAAGGCUACUCUUCAAACAUCAAGAGUCUUGUGUCUGUGAAUGAGCUUAAGUUGGUUGGCUUGAAAUCACAUGAUUGUCAUGUGUUAAUGCAACAACUUUUGCCUGUUGCAAUCCGCGGAACAUUGCCUGAGAAGGUCCGUGUUGCAAUCAGUCGCUUGUGUUUCAUUUUUAAUGCUAUAUGUGCCAAGGUCAUUGACCCUAAACAGUUGGAUGCUUUGGAAGAUGAGGUUGUCGUUGUCCUUUGUCAAAUGGAGAUGUUUUUCCCUCCUUCAUUUUUUGACAUUAUGGUACACUUAGUUGUUCAUCUGGUAAGGGAAAUAAGGUGUUGUGGUCCUACGUAUUUUAGAUGGAUGUAUCCAGUUGAGCGGUACAUGAAGGUCUUAAAGGGUUAUACGAAGAAUCGACAUCGACCAGAGGCCUCAAUAGUGGAAAGAUACGUUGCUGAAGAAUGCAUUGAGUUUGCCUCACAGUACAUUGACUCAUUGAAACCUGUCGGUGUUCCUGCAUCCCGGCAUGAACAGCCAAUAGCCGGCAAUGGUACUCGUGGAUACAAUGUUGUGACAAUGACUAGACAUGACGUGUCACAAGCACAUUUGUAUAUAUUAAACAACACAACAGAGGUGUUUCCGUACAUAGAGGCUCACAAAAAACAUGUUAGAGAUAGUCACCCCAAAAUGAACAUGAUGAGGGUAUUGCAAGAGCACAACAAAACUUUCAUAAAUUGGUUUAGACAAACAAUACUUGCUGAUAAAAGUGUUUCCAGACGACUGACAUUGUUAUCCAUUGGCCCAAAUUUGAAUGUCCCUACAUGGAAGGGGUAUGACAUUAACAAUUAUUCAUUCUACACAAAGUCCCAAGAUGAUAAAAGUUCGGUACAAAACAGUGGGGUCUGUGUUGAUGCUGAUUCGGAGCACUUUUCCAGUACAUUGGAUAACAACCCCAUUCGAGCAUCCAUGUCUUACUUUGGUGUCAUUCAAGAAAUUUGGGAGGUUGAUUAUACAUCAUUUAGAGUGUCUGUUUUUAAGUGUCAGUGGGUGAACGGGACAACGGGUGUGUUUCAAGAUCCAUUGGGAUUUACUUUGGUAGACCUUAGUAAGGUGGCAUAUAUAGACGAACCUUUCAUUAUGGCAGCACAAGCCAGACAAGUUUUCUAUGUACAAGAUCCAUGUAAUUCAAGUUUGUCUGUGGCUCUGCAAGGAAGACCAAGUGGAAUGAAUUACCAUAAUGAUGAGCCAACCCUUGACAUUGGUCAAAUGUCUGGUUUUUCAAAACAAUUGCCUUCAAUGAAUGAAGCUGAUGAAGUGGAUGAUGGACAUGCAAAUCGUGUAGAUCAUGAUGAAGGUCUAUGGGAAAACAUCCCUACAGGCUGA